CUGUUGUACAUCCUGACUGGAGGCUGUGAGGAGGGAGCAGGCUGUGGAUCGGGUUGCAGGGCUGUCGCAGUUUGAUUUACAACUAUUUCCUUAUUCACAGCAUCGUCAGAAAAGAAGGAAGUGUGGCCAUGGCGCUGGGACUCAAAGAACGGUUCGAAAGGUUCCUCUAUGAAAAGAACCUCAUGACAGAUGUUCUGGCCAAGGUGGAGGCCAGAACGGGAGUGAGCAGGACGUACAUCGCUCUCGCUGUCAUCGGUAUCAUCGCAGUUUACUUGGUCAUCGGUUACGGAGCCUCUCUGCUGUGUAACCUCAUCGGCUUCCUCUAUCCUGCCUACAUAUCCAUUAAGGCCAUUGAAAGUGCCACCAAAGACGAUGACACUAAAUGGCUGACCUAUUGGGUGGUGUAUGGACUCUUCAGUGUGGCAGAGUUUUUUGCUGAUAUCUUCCUGUCCUGGUUCCCGUUCUACUAUAUUGGAAAGUGUGUCUUCUUGGUGUGGUGCAUGGCUCCUACUCCCUCCAAUGGAUCAGUCCAAAUUUACAACCGCAUCAUUCGACCGUUCUUUCUCAAGAACGAAGCCAAGAUUGACGAUGCGGUGAAGAACCUGAAGGACAAGGCGUCAGAAGCUGCUGACAAGUUCAAAGAUGAGGCCAAGAGAGCCACAGCGAACAUCAUGUUUGAGGAGAAGAAGAGCACCUAAGAAGGAGCUGGAGUCCCGUCUUGAGCUGACUGUUGUCACAGAGGAAAUGUUGCCUUGCUUGUUUUUAAGAGAUUGUGUUCAGGUCAAUGUUCAUCCAGCCUGUAUUAGAUGUUACAUGUGUCAUAUAUCAACUGAAGCCUUUUCCCAGCUCAGUUUACUUAUUUAACUUUGCCUUCUGGAGGGCUGUCAGAUAAAUGUACUCUUGCCAUGAUUUGCUUUAUGAACCAAAUAAAAACAAACUUGCUGAA